AUGUCGCUGACCAUUCCAGUCGAGACCACCGAGCACAUCAUCAGUUUCCUGCGCGGAGACAUCCCUUCGCUCGCUGCUUGCUCGCUCACUUGCCACGCGCUGCUGUCCAUCUCACGCGUCCGGCUAUGGCAUGAGGUUGUGUUAUCCGUUCAGUCGAACGGCUCGCACAGCUCGCGUGCCGAAACGUUCAUAGGCGUCCUCGACCGCUCCCCUGCCGUCGCCCCCUACGUGCGCUCUCUCGUUUUGCACCCUCAAGCAACAAAAAACAACCGCCGGAACGCGCCCUUUAAAAGAGCAGCUUUGGCCGCGCUCAGUGCACGACUCCCUGCGCUCCGCUCCCUGCGUGUGCGCGACCUGGUCUUGCAGUCGUUGUACGAGGUGGUACUCAUCAUCCGCGACUCUCCUACACUUGAAGCGAUACUCCUAGACAACGUCGACCAACUUGAGAGUGGGAGGGGCUGGCAGAUAGGUUGGCCCCAGCAGCAUGUCCCACCCGCUCCCGGACAGACGUGGAAGCUGCGCACGCUGUCCCUCACCGGCGGCUUCAUGCACGGCAUGGAGGUCGCGCAGCUAGCGAACUACCUGGAAUGGGCGAAGGAGUACCUAUCGGGGCUCGAUUCACUCGACUUUUCCUGCCCCCUGAUGCCCAAUGGUGCCGGAGGGGCCAUGUACGCUCCCGGAAUUCCUUCAUUUGGGCCGUCCCUACACCAUUUUGGGACCCUGCUCUUCGAUCUCGAGUCCAACACGAGUAUCUGCGCCGAGGGCCGCAAGCAUGUGGAACGCAUCAUGUCGGAUUUACCACGAUGUGACGCUCUGCGGUCGCUCUCUCUUCAUUACGACCGUCGCAUGGCGUACAUGACGGGCGUGUUCCCCGCAGGGGCAUCUAGGACGUCCCAGCCCAGCCAUACACCAGCACCGUUCUUCCUGGAGCGCCUUGCAGAUGUACUGUCCACGCCCGGCGCCGCCCCGCUCCCGCUGCUCGAAAGCAUAUCCCUUGUGUUCUACAGCCCGAUCUCGUGGAUCUCCGGCUUCGAGGCAGCAUUCGCGCGCCUUGCAGAGACGCUCGUCGGGGAUGCCGACGGAUCGAUCGUUGGUGCGGGACGAGGCACUGGGGCGAGGCGAUACCCGCGGUUCUCUCACUUGCAUGUGCGGAUCUCAAUCCUCGAGAUUGUUGGUAUACUUUUUGGAGACAAGGGGAUAGAGGAGGAGCGCAGGCGGCAGGAGGUGGAGAGACUGAACCUCGUUCUUCCCAUGCUGGCGGGAUUUGUGCAGGCGGGCGUGGAUGUUGAGGUUGGUAGUACCGGCCCGCUGCAAGCAAAUGAUGGGAUGGGUCUCGUGGAAACUAUCGAACACAUAUUCAAUUUCCUAGCGGACGACCCUUCCUCGCUCUCCGUCUGCGCUUCGACUUGCCACGGUCUAGUCCCCAUCGCCAGAACCUGGCUCUGGCAAGAGGUCGCGUUGCCCCUCGAUCAGGAUGGCGCCUGCUGUCAGCGUACCAAAGCGUUCCUAGGUCUCCUCGACAUCGAUCCCACAAUUGUUCUCUACAUUGGCUCGCUCAUCCUGCACCCAGAAGAGUACGCACACGCCGGUGAAAAUGUGCCCUUCGACAAAAUGACCUGGGAUAUAAUCAGUGUACGACUCCCCACCCUCCGCUCGUUGCGUCUGCGCAGCUUGUGCAUGGUGUAUCUGUAUGAAGUGGUUGAACUGAUUCGCGAUCGACCUACACUGGAAGCACUUUACCUGGAGGACGUCGAUCUUGGAGAGUUCCGCGUCAAGGUGCUCGUGUGGCCCCAUCUCUCUGAAAGCGCCGUCGACAAACCGCUGCUGCCGUUGUGUGCGCUACGCACGCUGUCCAUCGUCGGCGGAGAUAUGAGCGGAGAGGAAGCUGUUCGACUGGCGCUCUUCCUGGAACAAGCGAAGGGAUACAUGCCUAGACUCGACUCCCUGGGCUUGUGCUGUGUCAUGCCGCACGAUUUUGGCCGCUUCAGGAGGCCCCAGGCCGGGCCUGGUAUACCACUCUACGGGGCGUCAUUGCGCCACUUUGGUAUCACUUUCACCGAGCUCCCUGUGAGCUUCGGGCCGGCCUUUGAUCAUCGCGAGCAUAUGCAGCCCGUCAUCUCCGAUAUACCCCGGUGCAGCUCCCUGACAUCGCUGCGCCUCGGUUACAACUCGCGCUAUUCCGUUCUCUACGAGUAUGCUUCCCGCGACGGCGACGAUGGGUGGGCCAAGCCCAGAGCCCUUACUCAAACACCGUGCUUUCUUGAGCUCCUAGCAGACAUGCUGUCGACGCCGGGCCCAGCGCCGCUCCCGCUCCUCGAGAGCCUCUUCAUCAUGCUCAACAGCCCAGCGGCAUGGAUAGCCGGCUUCGCCCCGUCAUUCGCGCGCCUCGCGGAGGUGCUCGUCGGAGAUGCAGAUAGUCCGGGAGACUCCAGGGAGGGCAGGACGGCGAGGAGGUUCCCGCGGUUCAAUCACCUGAGUCUACGGGUGUCAUUCCUUACGAUCAUCCGGCGGUAUUUGGGGACACCGAGCCCGGGGGAUCGUGACUUGGAGGCAGAUGAACGCGAUAGGCAAAAAGAGGUGAGAAUAAAUGUCGUUCUUCCGAUGCUUGCGGAUUUCGUGGAGGCGGGUGUGCAUGUCGAGAUAUUGUUUGAUUGA